UCAAGUCGGGGCAUCCACAACGUCUCGGUCGCGCCAUGCUCAGCGCGAAACUUUUGCGCGGGAGCUUUCGCGCCAUUCCUCGCAGAGGAGCGUCGCCCCUAUUUAAGCCGAGCGCUCGCCUCCACCUCUCCAGCAGCGUCCCCAAGCUCUUCCCCGCGCGGCUGCCUUCGUUUCCAUCGUCGUCGUCGUCUUCUUCAGCGAGUGAAAAUGGUGGAGAACGCGCCCGAGGUCGAAGAGCCGUGCCCCAAGAUCCCGAAGCUCGACCAGAACGGCGGCGGCGUGGGAGCCCCCAAAGAGCCGGUCUCCCUGUUCAGGGUGAAGAAGCUCUCCGAGAAGGCUGUUUUGCCUUCCAGAGCGUCCCCUCUCUCCGCCGGCUACGAUCUUUCGAGCGCGGCUGAAGCGAAAGUGCCGGCGAGAGGAAAAGCGCUCGUCCCUACCGAUCUGAGCGUCGCGAUCCCCGAAGGGACAUAUGCUCGAAUAGCGCCGAGAUCUGGCUUGGCGUGGAAGCAUUCGAUCGACGUUGGUGCCGGCGUGAUCGAUGCGGACUACAGAGGCCCGGUCGGGGUGAUCCUGUUCAACCACUCUGAUGUCGAUUUCGAAGUGAAGGCCGGCGACCGGAUCGCGCAGCUGAUCAUCGAGAAGAUCAUGACUCCCGAUGUCGUCGAGGUCGAGGACUUGGACUCGACUCUGAGGGGCGAGGGCGGGUUUGGGUCGACGGGGGUGUGAGGCCGGGUGCUUGGUCUCGGCUGUUGAUCUUGUUCUACGUAUGUUUGUCGUCAAUGGGUUUUGGGUUGUGUCUAGCAUGCACGCAGGUCUGGUAGGAGCAUUAUCUCGGCUGAGAAAUUUCGUCGAAUAGUUGGUGUGUAAAUAUCUGCCAAUUGCAACGUGCCCAGGCACGCUUUUGAAGUUAUCUCCUCGUGCUUCAACAUAUGACUGAACAAACUGUGGAGUUCAUGCCGUGCAA